AUGCAACCAGAGCCCCAUUCAAUGCUCAAGGAAGCAGCCAGAGCCCCACCCAAUGCUCAAGGAAGCAGCCAGAGCCCCAACCAAUGCUCAAGGAAGCAGCCAGAGCCCCAACCAAUGCUCAAGGAAGCAGCCGGAGCCCCACCCAAUGUUCAAGGAAGCAGCCAGAGCCCCAACCAAUGCUCAAGGAAGCAGCCGGAGCCCCACCCAAUGCUCAAGGAAGCAGCCAGAGUCCCACCCAACGCUCAAGGAAGCAGCCAGAGCCCCACCCAAUGCUCAAGGAAGCAGCCAGAGCCCCAACCAAUGCUCAAGGAAGCAGCCGGAGCCCCACCCAAUGUUCAAGGAAGCAGCCAGAGUCCCACCCAAUGCUCCAGGAAGCAGCCGGAUCCCCACCCAAUGUUCAUGGAAGCAGCCAGAGUCCCACCCAAUGCUCAAGGAAGCAGCCAGAGCCCCACCCAACGCUCAAGGAAGCAGCCAGAGCCCCAACCAAUGCUCAAGGAAGCAGCCGGAGCCCCACCCAAUGCUCAAGGAAGCAGCCAGAGCCCCACCCAAUGCUCAAGGAAGCAGCCAGAGCCCCACCCAAUGCUCAAGGAAGCAGCCAGAGCCCCACCCAAUGCUCAAGGAAGCAGCCAGAGCCCCACCCAAUGUUCAAGGAAGCAGCCGGAGUUCCACCCAAUGCUCAAAUAUGUCAUCCAAGUCGUGAAAUUCAUCAAGGCAAAAUCAAUGAACAUUAAAGUGUUUCUCAAGCUGUGGGAAGAAAGGAGAUCUGAACACGAAGGCCUUCUCUCUUCCCAUGAAGAAUGCUGGCUCUCUCGUGAUAAGAUCCUUGCAAGACAUUACACAGCUUAA